CCCCUCUCCCUCCGUCUCCUCUACAUCCAACAUGGCGCCGUCCGGGACGGCUGCUCCGCAUCAUCAUCACUGGGCGGGACCGCGGUGGGUCGAGCUUCGCCCUGCCAGCAGCUGAGCACUUCCGCCGGGGGUCAGGUUUCGCCUCUCUCCGUCAUUCGGCAUUUAAAUUGGGCUGCAGGACAUCAGCUGCUACCCCACUCAGCUUUGCUGCGUGACAGGAAAAAUAACGCCUAGCGCUAGCUGAAACAUUUAGCUUUUCUUUUCUUUUUCUUUUUUGUCUCGGAAGCAGCAGAAUUACCCGCGGACCCUGGAAGAGGUUCGGGUUGUUGUGGAGCAGAAGAGCCGGAGAAGCUGAACAAUAACGGUGGAUGCACACUGACAGACAGCCACAUCAUUUCUGGGACUCCUCUGCUAACUAUUGGAUCAUACUGAAUAGCGGUAACGGUGCGCUGUGCCUGAGCAGAAUAAAUACGUUUUUCUCAAUGGAGUUUGUUUACUGAUGCAGAUUAGUAAACAAACAAACAACGACAAAAAAAACAAACUCAUUCAAAACAGUGCUGGGUAGCAUUAGUGGCCUGGAGCUGGAAGGACCGAUGAGCCCGAUUGAAUUGUAAUAAAUAGAUAUGCUGUUUCACUGAUUUUAGUUGUAGGUAAAAUUAAAUACCCUCCAGAUUAUUUCAUCAACUUUAUUCAGAGCAGGUUAAACUUUGACAUUUAAUUUACUUGACCACUUUGUGACAUAAAUUAACUUUGCAUAAUUUUUUGUAAGUAUUGGUUUUGUCCAUUUUUCAUAUUUUUCUAUACAAAAAAAUAGAUCCGUCAUUUUUUUCCCCCCUCAUAUAUGCAAAAACAUCUCCCUACACUUAAUUUUUUAACCUGCAUGUCAGGAAAAAGCUGAACAAAAGCUGACCUGUGUCCCGCUAAUCUUCCAGUUAUUUUUUUAUUUAUUUUUGGCUUCCCCCCCCCACCCUAAAAGUUGGUGAAUCAGUCCAACAGUAGGUAAACUGCACCAAUGUUCAGCUGGCUUGGAACCGAUGACCGGAGGAAGAAGGAGCCAGAAGUCUUUCAGACGGUCAGUGAUGGACUGAAAAAACUCUACAAGACCAAACUCCUGCCGCUGGAGGAAAGCUACAAGUUCCACGAGUUUCACUCUCCGGCACUGGAGGAUGCUGACUUUGACAACAAGCCGAUGGUCCUGCUGGUGGGGCAGUACUCCACUGGAAAGACGAGCUUCAUACGCUACCUGCUGGAGCAGGAUUUUCCCGGAAUGCGGAUUGGCCCGGAGCCCACCACGGAUUCUUUCAUUGCGGUGAUGCACGGCGACACCGAAGGAGUCAUCCCCGGGAACGCUCUGGUGGUCGACCCCAAGAAGCCCUUCAGGAAGCUGAACGCGUUUGGAAACGCUUUCCUGAACAGGUUUGUGUGCGCCCAGCUACCUAACCCUGUGCUGGAAAGCAUUAGUGUGAUCGACACGCCAGGAAUUCUGUCUGGAGAAAAACAGAGAAUAAGUCGGGGCUACGACUUUGCUGCUGUCCUCGAGUGGUUUGCAGAGCGUGUGGACAGGAUCAUAUUGCUGUUCGAUGCCCACAAACUGGACAUUUCUGACGAGUUCUCGGAAGUUAUAAAGGCCUUAAAGAACCAUGAAGACAAGAUCAGAGUUGUGCUGAACAAGGCGGACCAGAUCGAGACCCAGCAGUUGAUGAGAGUGUACGGUGCCUUGAUGUGGUCGCUGGGCAAAAUUGUCAACACACCCGAGGUGAUCCGUGUCUACAUCGGCUCGUUUUGGUCUCACCCGCUGCUGAUCCCUGACAACAGGAAGCUUUUUGAAGCGGAGGAGCAGGAUUUAUUUAAGGACAUCCAGUCUUUACCCCGAAAUGCGGCACUUAGAAAACUCAAUGAUUUGAUCAAGAGAGCAAGACUUGCCAAGGUCCACGCCUACAUCAUCAGCUCUCUGAAGAAAGAGAUGCCGUCUGUGUUCGGGAAGGACAACAAGAAGAAAGAGCUGAUUGCCAGUCUUGGAGACAUUUACAAGCGCAUCGAGAGAGAACAUCAGAUCUCGCCUGGAGAUUUCCCAAACCUGAAGAAGAUGCAGGACCAGCUCCAGGCUCAGGACCUCACCAAGUUCCAGCCUCUCAAACCCAAACUUCUGGAGGCAGUCGACGACAUGCUGGCCAACGACAUCGCUGGCUUGAUGGUGCUGGUUCGCCAAGAGGAAACCCAAAAGCCCAACGCAGUGGUGAAGGGCGGCGCGUUCGACGGCACCCUGGACGGUCCGUUCGGGCACGGAUACGGGGAGGGAGCCGGCGAAGGCAUCGACGAGGCGGAGUGGGUGGUUGCCCGCGACAAACCCGCGUACGACGAGAUUUUCUACACCCUCUCCCCCGUCAACGGAAAGGUGACCGGAGCCAACGCGAAGAAGGAGAUGGUGAAGUCAAAAUUGCCCAACACUGUGCUGGGGAAGAUCUGGAAGCUGGCAGAUAUCGAUAAGGAUGGGAUGCUGGAUGACGAGGAGUUCGCUUUGGCCAAUCACCUGAUCAAGGUGAAACUGGAGGGACAUGAGCUGCCCUCAGAGCUGCCCGCACACCUGGUGCCUCCUUCCAAGAGGAAAAUAGCCGAGUAAAAGAAAAAGAAGAGAGAGAAUAGAUUCAUGCCCAGAGAAAACUGUAACUGGAGGACUUCAACUUACAAAUGUACAAAAAAAGGAAGAUAUCCGUCGUCCAGUCCUGUUGUUUCUGUCAUUCCAACGUCUUCACAGCAUUUCAACUUCCAUCAAAUUGAAACUACUUGAUAUAAGCAGAUCUUUGAACAUUCGUACAAUUGGACAAAAUUUUGUUGAAUUUAUCCUGCAAAUAUUUGAACAGUCACAGAAAGCUUUUAUUAGAGCCUAAUGAAACAGCUAAAACAGACAGUAGGAUAAAAAUAGACGUCAAACAUGUAAGUACAGUCAGUAGAUAAUAAAAUAAAACAUAAAGCACCUUAGCAAUAUUAAAUCAAAGUGAAUUACAGUAUUUCACAGCACUUGUUCUGUCUAGUACUGUGUUAAUUUGAGUUUUCCAGGCAUGUAAUUAAUUUUCUGAUCCAUGUUUAAGGCUGACAUAAAAAUGAAAAAGGUUUCCUGUAAGGCAGAAGAAUGCCCAAAACAAAACGAUGGUUAUCACUACAAUUUGCUGUAGCACCUGGAUUAGCUUUUGUUGUUGUUGAAUAAUUAAAAUUUGAAUUAGAGAAUAUGAAUUUAGUUAUUUUUCUUUUCUUUUUGUGAUUCGUAACCUGCUUCGAAUCUCAUUAACAUGUUCCGAUACUGUGACACUAAUAACAAUCUACGUUACAUGUUUUGUUUUUGACAGAGACUGAAUAUUGAAUGUGCAGAUGCUUGUUAUUUCUCCGUAGAUUUGUCAUGGCCAUUGUAUGUAUUUUAUGUAUGUGUGUGUGCAUCUGUUUGAAAACGUGCAUCGGUGUUGACAUAUUUGUAUUUUCAUUUUACAUCUCACAAGCUACUGACUUGGGAAUUUUCCAGUGAAUUAUUACAAAAAUGGUCCAAUAACAUCCUGGUUGAGCUAGUAUUUAUCAUUUUGUACAAAGUGUAUUUCAAACCAUUUAAAAAGUAUCUCAUGCCGGCAGACUUUACUUUCUGAAUCGUGUGUUUCGCUGAAAGAAACGCACAUUACGGUAUUUCUAACAUUAGCAUGAGCGACGUUUAUAGCUUCUCAUAGUUUCUAAUUGGUCAGUAAUGAAAUGAAACGACCAUAUUGGACUCGAUUCCAUUUUAGCCAGAGAUCCUUAAAAGUUGUCAGAAGAGUAAAGGGGUUACAUAGCAACUCAAAGUAAAUAUUUCCACUUCUCUCCUUCUCGGUGUUCUUCAUACGCUUUGCAGUUUUAAAUCUAAACUUAUUGUCAUUCCAGCUUUCUUUAUCCAAAUCAAGUCUGGACUUUGGCUGAGGUAAAACAUUAUUAUAUUACUUCAGCUCAGACGAAACAAGUUGACAUUAAAAGAUGGCUCUAACCCUUAAUCUGCAAGGAAUAGGAACUACGAACUAUUUUCGGCUUAACAAAGCAUAACAGCAUUCCAUUAGUUUAUUGUUGGAAAGGUUUGGACCCGAUCGGCUACGCAUUUUUCCUUUUUUUGUUUUUGUAGUCCUGGUUUCUUAAUCAUAACAGCAUGUUGCUUCCUGAGAAGUUUGUGCUGCAACUACAGAAAUACUCUAUUACUCUACUAGUGACUGGCUUUAUGAAGAAACUCUAACUGCACCAUUUACACUAGUUUCAGAUGGCUGGAAAGUCAUCAGCAGCAUGCUUUACUCAUUACAUCCCUGUAUGUCAUCAGAUGAGUGCAUUCACUUGAAUACGGAAAAGCUGCCUGUUGAAUGUGGAUUGCAAAAUCCUCCGGCGGUUUUCAAGGGUUGCGACAUGAAAUAAGUGGCAUCACUGGCGUUUCCAGUGUGUUUUCUGUUUGUCGGAUGAUGAUGCAUUGCUUCGAUGUGUACCUCGCUGCUUUUCUGUCUUCGGAAAAAGUUUAAACGUGGAAUAAAAAUCAUCUUCAACUGCUU